AUGCACGAGCAGUCGCUUUUCGCCUCGGUUCCAGUCCACCAACAUCAUGAGCUUCUUCAGCAGCUUGCCGGACUGACCGCCAUGCAGCCCCGCCAUUGCCUAGAACGGCGGCUGAUCUUCAAGGCCUACCGCAAACCAGGUAUGGCGGGGCGCAUCGGAGCCAGUCAGGACCUCCAACAGGGGGACCUGCAACGGCUGAACAAGAUGCUCAAUGGAAACAUGUACUACACCCAGGUGGUUGGUCCGGUUUCCGAAUCAGAUUUCGGAUCCACUGCCCCCGUCGAUCGAGACACUCAGAUGGCCGGUAUGGACGACUCCAAACCUUAUGAUCCUUCAUCUUCAUCUUACGACUAUGAACGUCAACCAUGGAAGUUGGAGUUUCGUGAUAUCCCUGAAGCUGGCACCCGAUCAGCGGUGACGUCGCGUCUGAUGUCGAGCGCGACGCUGCCGCGGGGAGAUAUCGUGGAAGCUAUGAAUGCGUGGGGCUAUCAUUUCAUUACUGAGUACGUGGUCGAGGGUGACAUGUUCGUCCUCAAUGACAUUGCUAUCUUCUUGCACCGCGUGCUGCACUAUCCCGGUGGGGAUGAGUCGAGCCUGCCCCGGCGGCAGCUGCCUGCUUUAAAGGAUAUGACUCUGUUUGAGAAGAGCGGAAGCUAUGUGCUGCAGGCCUUCAUCAUUGUUCAGGAUGGUAGCAAUCAAGAAACAAUGAAGACUGCCUCGCAGCAUCUCUUUGGCCUGCGCGAGCAGUUGAAGUCAGCGGUUCUCCUGGAGCAGGCAGAUCGAUUGUCUCUUGACACGCGGGCGAAGUAG